CCUUGCGAAAAAAAAUUAAUGUAAAAAGAGAUUUCUGAUUCAGUAUAGUCUUGUCUCCAGUGUAAGAAGGAUGUAUCUGUAGUGCCAUGGAUUUAAACCAAGUCAUUUCUCUGGCGAAGAAAAACAAGAAAGAUGCGACGAAUCAAAAAAAAAUUGGUUACUCUACGGAACCUAAAGCCGCCAAGAAACUUCAAAAGAAUGUCGACCCAGCGGCUAUUCAAGCGUUUCUCCGCAAAAAGAAAGAAGACGAAAUAAAACAAUUAAAACAUGCAAAAAAGAAAAAGGAAUCGCUUCAAAAACUCCGUGUUGAUGCAAAACAUACAAGGAAAGCGAAUGCAAUGGCCAAGAGAACAAAGGAUAAUUUACAGAUAUACAGAGGGGAGGACUACCUUGGUUUGCAUAAAGAGCAAAAGAAAGAAGAUUUUCAGUUAAGUCCUGAGGAUGAUAGAAGACAUAAAGCUUUCAUGAAUAAGAUUUAUCAUAAGGCUAAUGGAUUUGAGGGAGGUAGUAGAAGCAAACAGAACAGUCUGCUCCCUCCAAGUGAGGAGGAGAAAAGAAAAAUUAAAAAGCAAGAGAAACACAGAGAGCGGGCAAGAAUCGCUGGUGCUGGACUCGAUUUUAACUCCCUUUUAAAUCUCGCUGGGAAGCAAGUUCCUGCUGAGUCGGAUGAUGACAGCGAUGAUGACUCGUCACAUUCUGACACAGAUUCCUCUGACGAUGGUGUGGCCAAGGAAAAAUAUGAACGUGAAAAAAGAAAAAGGAAAGAACUUGAAGCUAAAUUAAAGGAACUCAGUGGAAAAGGCGUAAAAAGGAAAUCUGAAGGUACGACAUCUGGUUCCCCAAGCUUUAAAAUUGGGAAGCUGGACAGAGGUCUCACAGAGGAGAGUAAGCAAGCAAAGAUCAAGGCUCUAAUGGAUAAAUUUAAGAAGAAAAGCUCCUCCGGAGGUGAAAUGAAAAAGUCCUCUUCCUCUCCAAGUCUCUCCUCCCUCUCAAAAUCGCUCCCAAAGGAAAAAUUUGACGUAAGAUCAAAAAACUCUUCAAGCAGCAGUCAUAAGAUGUUUCCUUCAAAGCAAAAAUUGCCCAGCGUUAAAACGAACUCUUCGAGCAGUAGUUCACUUUCAAAACCUGCUGAAAACAAUUUUAAAUCCAAAAUCUGGGCAACUGGAUAGAAGGAAAAACGAAAAAGUUCCAGAAAUUUCCAAAAACAAAAAAGUUUUCGACAAAAAAGUGCCUUUGAAAAAAGAGCAACCAAAAGUUCCGCAAAAAAUGCCGACCAACCCGUAUUUACAAGCCAUGCAGAAGCAGCAGGCGAAGAUGAAACCACCUGAGAAUAAUUCGAAUGGAGUUAAAAAGAAAGCACCCAAUCCUUAUGCAGAAUUGCUUGAACAAGCAAAAAGGGCAGCCGAAUCCUCGAAAUGCACGUUGAGUGUAUCGAGUGGUGGGGUUCGAAGUAAUUAUCCACAAGCUUCGAAUAACAACCAACGACCACCUAACCAAGGCCCUAAAGGUCCACGUUCAGCAGCAGACGAAUACAGACGUAGGCUGGCUGGUGCGCACGGGCAUCCUCUUGCUAGAGGGUUUCCAAAUGGGUUGCCUGCAGCUCUGCGGCGUCCCCAAAUGCUCGAUUCUGACGAUGAUGAGUAUGACUCGGACAUGGAGGGUUUCAUUGAUGACAACGAUGAAGGAGCUUCUGAUGAAAUUUCUGCACAAAUUGGAGCAAUAUUUGGUUACGAUCGAAGCAAGUACGGCAGAGAGAGUGAAUAUGAACUUUCCAAGAUGGAUGUUUCAUUCAAAGAUAUCGAAAGAGAGGAAAAAAGAAGUUUAAAGAUCGCACAGCAAGAA